AUGCCAAGCCUGGGAAAGAAAUGUUCAAGAACCAAAACUGUUCUCACCUUUAUUGUGAUUAUUGCAUUGGACGGCAUGUUGCUGCAAAAAUUCAGGAAAAUAUAUUGAUGGUGAAAUGUCCUGAGCCAAAUUGCAAAGCGGUUAUAGAGCCUAACAACUGUCGUUCAAUUAUCCCUAAAGAAGUUUUUGAUAGAUGGGGAAAUGCUCUUUGUGAGAAUGUGGUGCUUGGAUCACAAAAGUUCUACUGUCCCUUUAAGGAUUGUUCAGCUAUGAUGAUAUGUGACGCAGGGGAAGUUGUGACUUCAUCGGAGUGUCCACAUUGCCAUAGACUGUUUUGUGCACAGUGCAAGGUUUCCUGGCAUGCAGGAAUAGACUGUGAGAAGUUUCAGAGGUCGAAAAGGGAGAAAGGAAAGAACGGAGACUCAUUGGUGAUUGAACUUGCAAAGACUAAACGUUGGAGAAGAUGUUCAAAAUGCAAAAUUUACGUAGAAAGAAUUGAUGGAUGUACACAUAUUUCGUGCAGAUGUGGCCAUAAAUUUUGCUAUGCUUGUGGAUUGUCUUGGACUUCUAAACAUUAUUCGUGUGUAGUUCGUUAGGUUGAAAGAAUCCCCCAAGAUUUGGAAUCUAUUGUUGAAUGUGGCCAUGAAUUUUGCUAUGUGGAUUGUCUUGGAGUGGUACACAUUAUUCAUGAGUAAGUUUUGGUGAGACCAAGUUGAAAGAAUACUCCAAACAUUGGAAUUUAUGGUUCAUUGAGUACAUUUGAGAUUUUGG